CAUGUAAAAGUGCGUGCGCGCGUGUGUGUGUGCGUAUAUACACAUACAACUUUUCAAAUUGUGUGAUCGAAAAUUCUGUUUUUAAAAUAAGUUUUGAAGAGAUAUGUAUAAAAAAUUUGGUUUUUAAACUUCACAUUCUUGAGAAUUUUAAACUUGGCGCAAUAUACAAUUGUGUCUCUUGAUUGGUUAUGUGAUCGAGACAAGAUGCAUGUAAAAGUUAACGAAAGACAUUUUAUGAAUGUGUAUGCAUAAAUAUAUGGCAUGCUCGUUAUGAAGCUUAGUUUUUCUGAUGCAAUAGCAGGCUUGUUCAUUGGUUUAAUAUAAAUAUGUACUUUCGAACGCAAGUAACAUAGUUUUAGAUUGACAAAUGUGCAUAUUAAUGCAUGAGAUCAUCAUCAAAUUAUCUGAAAAUCAAGUAUAAAAUGAUGCGUAGAAACAUAUGUCAAAUGGCCAGUUCGAUUCAUUCAAAUUCUCACGCAGAAGUACAUGAAGUUCCGAUGAAUGUGAUUAUCAGACCUUUCCCUGCCGUAGUGGAUGAGGAAAAAGUUCAAAGUUUAAUGAGUGCGUUAAAGAAUAUCGAAACUGAACACACGGUACCACCCAUUGAUAUAUUGUGGAUUAAAGGAACUGAAGGUGGUGACUAUUACUACUCUUUUGGUGGCUGUCAUCGUUAUAUUGCUCAUCAACGAUUAGGCAAAAUGUCUAUUAAAGCUAAAAUAAUUCAGUCAACUUUAACGGAUUUACGAUGUUAUUUGGGAAAGUCUACUCCAGACUUGAAAUGAUUUCAAGUGUGUUUGUAAUUGUAUAUGGAUUACAUACAUAUAUUAUGAAUAUA